UUAAUCUUUUUUUUUCCUCAGGUUAAACCUCCUAGCAGCUUCACACCUCAAGAAAUUGAGUACCUCACAAACCGGAUUCAGAAUGGUGGAACUGAAGUUGUGGAGGCAAAAGCUGGAGCUGGAUCUGCAACACUUUCAAUGGCAUAUGCUGCAUCCAAGUUUGCAGAUGCUUGCCUUCGCGGGUUAAGAGGAGAUGCAAAUGUCAUAGAAUGCUCCUUUGUUGCUUCACAGGUGACAGAGUUAGCUUUCUUUGCAACCAAAGUGCGUCUUGGCCGUACAGGGGCAGAGGAAGUGUAUCAGCUUGGACCCUUGAACGAAUACGAAAGGAUUGGUCUGGAUAAAGCAAAAGAAGAACUAGCUGGAAGUAUUCAGAAAGGUGUUGAAUUCAUCAGAAAAUGAAACUGAGAGGAUAAUCAGAGAGACACAAUAAGAUCAUUUUCCCCUAAAAUAUUUGAUAAUGUUAUACUCAUCAUCAUGCCUGUCCUCUGUCUCCAUCUACUUCUCCAACUUUGUAAAUUCCUUAUCAGUUUGUGUUGUACUCUGUGACCUUUUGCAACGUGGCUUAUCUAUGUCUUUCGAUGAUUCUAAACCAA